GGAGGGCUCUCCCGGCGGCGGCGAGAGGAGCCGGGCUCGCUGCGCCUUUAAAGAGAGCAGACUCGGGCCGUGACGCACGCCUGGCCCGCCGCCAGCCCCCUCGCUCCUGCCAGGCUCGCCGAGGAGAAAACCAACAACUUUUCUUUUGUGCGUGGGGGCUACUUUUCUUCCUCCCUCCUCCCUCCCCAUUUCCUCCUCCUCUUCCCUCCUCCCUCCUCUCGAGUCCUUUGCCUUCCAAGAUUUAAACGCUAAUGGCGGAUUAAAAGGCCCAGACGCCUUCGGCUUUAGAAGUCGGGUUCCAGGUGUGGUGGGCUGACCAUCUGACAUCGCCAGUAUGACUCUUCAUGCAACCAGGGCAGCUGCACUCCUGUCUUGGGUGAAUAGCCUCCAGGUUGCUGAACCUGUGACUUCAGUGCUAGAGCUCCAAGACUGCAACAUCUUCAUCCAGAUCAUCAAUCGCAUCCAUGGCACUGAAGAGGGGCAACAGAUCCUGCAGCAGCCUCUGCUGGACAGAUUCAACUUCAUCUCCAACUUUCUGCAGAAGAACCGCAAACAUCAGUCCUCCUCAGAGAGCCUAGUGUCUGUGCAGAAGCUAGAAGAUGGGGAGGAGCUGGAGUUGGCCAAGGUGAUCAUGUUACUCUUAUACCAUUCCACCAUGAGUUCCAAAAGUCUGAGGGACUGGAACCAAUUUGACUACAAAAUCCAGGCGGAGUUGGCUGCCAUCCUUAAAUUUGUGCUGGAUCAUGAAGAUGGGCUGAGUCUGAAUGACAGCUUAAAGAGUUUUCUGCAGAAAGCUCCUCUCCCUCCCAGUAGUCCUAGCACUAGCUCUGAGGAGCUUUCCCCAGUGACUCCCCAACAAGCCAAGAAGGAAGUUCGAUUCUUGGAACUGCAGAAGAUUGGCUCCUCAUCAGGCCUCAACAACUUCUUGUCAGGGUCUCCUGCUUCUCCAAUGGGUGAUAUCCUUCAGACCCCCCAGUUCCAAAUGAGACGGUUGAAGAAACAGUUGGCAGAUGAACGGGCCAGCCGUGAUGAGUUGGAGCUGGAGUUAGCCAAAAGCUGCCAGCUCCUGGCUGAGAAGGACACCCAGAUCUCCACGAUGCAGCAGCGUGUUGAUCGCUUGGCUCUCCUAAAUGAGAAGCAGGCCACAGGAUCCAUGGAGUCUAAAGAGCUGGAAGAACUGCGUGGCAAGAAUGAGAGUCUGAGCAUACGAUUACAUGAAGCCUUGAAACAGUGCCAGGACCUGAAGACUGAAAAAGGCCAGAUGGAACGCAAAAUUGACCAGCUAUCUGAGGAGAAUGGGGACCUUUCUUUCAAGCUUCGAGAUUUUGCCAGCCAUCUGCUACAGCUACAGGAGGCUCUCAAUGAUCAGACAGAAGAACAUAACAGCUCCACAAAGGAAUAGGGAAAACAAGCCCACCUGGAGACAGAACUCAGCACCACCCUGCAAGACAAGAAAUGCCUAGAAGAGAAGAAUGAAAUCCUCCAGGGAAAAAUCUCACAGUUGGAAGAGCAGCUGGCGCAGGUUGGGAAGAAUCCAUCCCUAGAGAAGGGAGAGGUGUUGGGCGACAUCUUGCAGUUGGAAGCCCUGAAACAGGAGGUAGCCAGCCUUGCUGCGAAGGAGGCUGAGCUUCAAGGCACAGUAAAGCAGCUGCAGAGUGAACGAAAUCAGUGGGAGGCAGAGCUGCGAGCCGAGCAGCACCGCUUCGAGGAGGAGAAGCAGCAGCUGGAGCAGAAGGCUCAGGCCCAGGAAGCUCAGCUGACCGCCCAAGUGGCCACCCUCCACACCACCCUUCAGCAGCAGGACCGUGAUGUGGCUGACCUGAAGCAGCAGGCUGAAAAGGAGCGAGCGCGACUGACUGAGACCCUUCGACAGCAAGAGCUGGCGUCCCAAGGCCUCCGGCAGCAGGUGGAGCACCUGAGCGGCAGGCUGAGGCAGGAAGAGGGGAAGCUACAGGAAUUGGUCCGGGAUUGGGAGGUGACCAGCCAGACCAAGGACCGGCAGCUAGCAGCAGCGACGGAGGCAUGCGAGGAGGCCCAGCGGGAAAAGGGGGCAGCCCUGCAGCAACUGGAAGAGCUGGCGAAAGAGAAGGCCACGGAGUCGGGAGCUCUGCAGCAGCAGCUCCGAGCUGCCAAGGAAGCCUGUACCAGUGCCCAGGCUUGUGCCACAGAGGCCGAGCAGGAGAAGACUGUGAUGAGGCAGAAAGUGGAGGAACUUGAUGCUCGGGUAGUUGACCUGACAACCUGGCAGGAAGAGCAUAAGGCAGAGGCUAAAUCAGCAGAAAACCUUCGAACUCAGGUCCAGGAACUGGAGAGCCAACUAAAGGCUGAGCAACAGAAAGUGGCAGAGAAAGAAGGGCUAGCUCGGGAGAAUGCCCAGCUCCAGGAACGACUGCUCUCCUUGGAAGAAUCAGUACAGAACACUAAGGGCAUUCUUGAAGACGAGAAGCGACGGGCUGCAGAGGCCCUGGAGGGGCAGCUGCAGCGCAUUUCAGAGCUGGAGGCAGAGACGCAGAGCCUGGCGCAGCAGCGAGAAAAAGAUCGGCGGCAGCUGGAGGAAGUGAAGGCUGGGCGGCGAGGUCUGGAGGCUCAGCUCCAGAAGCUCGGGGAAGGGCACCAGGCCAAAGUAGAGGCCUUACAGCAGGAGCUGGCGAAGGUGGCGGCUACCCAGCAAGAGGCAGAGGGAGAAUGCAAGCAGCUGGCUGCGGAAGCAGCCUCCUGGCACGCUCGUUUUGAGGAGAGCCAGAAGGAGGAGGCACAGCGUGGCGCCCGGCACAAGGAGCAACUGAAGGCUCUGAACGAAGAGUGCGAGAGAGUGCGGCAGCAGCUGCAGUCGGCCCAGGAGAGAGUGGUGGCGCUAGAGGCACUCAACGAUCGCCGGGAUACCAAGCUACAAGAAGAACAUGCCCGACUCAAGGCUGACCUGUCAGGCACUCUCCGGCGACUCCAGGAGAAGGAGGAGCAGGCUGACAGUCUGGCUGAUGGCCUGUCCAGGCUGCAGGAGGAGGUGGCCCAGCUCAAGGCUGCAGCCAGGAAGGCAGAUGAGGAAAAGGAAACCUCUUUACAGAGGCUGGCCGAAGAGCAGCGGAGGGCGGGAGAGCUUGAGGCCGCAGCCCAGCAGCUGGAGGAGCAGCAGGGCCAGGAGCUAAGCAGGGCCAGAGCAGCCCUGCGGGCCAAGGAGCAGGAAGCAGAGCGGCUAGCGAGGGAGCUGGAGCAAGCACGUGGCACUCUGGCUGAGAGCCGUGGGUGCCAGGAGGAAGAGCGUGCCCAGCGGGAGCGGGAAGUGUUGCACGUGGGAGAGGAGCGAGACCAGGCCAGGGCAGACCUGGCUGCUGAGAAAGCGGCCAAGGCAGAGCUGGAAAGGAGGCUGCAGAGCUCCCUGAGUGAGCAGCGGGUGGAGUUCGCUGCCCUGCAGGAAGCCUUGGCCCAGGCCCUGGAAGGAUCCGAAGGGAAGGAACAGCAGCUCAAAGAGCUACAGAAACAAGAGGCUGCCCUGCAGGUAGAACGGGCAGAGCUGCAGACGACCAUCAAGAGGUUGAGAGAGCAGCUAGCCAAGGCGGAGGAGAAGGCUUCCCAGACAGGCACUCCUGGAACCAUGGUGUCAGGCACCCAGGAGCUGGAGGCUCUGCGCACUCAGCUGGGCAAGUUGCAGCAGCAGUGUCAGGAGCAGGAGGAGAAGACCUCCGAGCUGGAGCGCCGCCUCGAGGCUGCUCGGCUGUCCCAGGCCAGUCAGGAAGGCACCACCACCACUCUUCAGGCCCAGCUGGAGGAGAGUGCCCAAGAGCUGGCUGCCCUCCGAGCCACCGCCCAGGAACAGAGCAAGGCUGAAGAGGAGUGGAAAGCCCAAGUGGCCCGCAGCCAGCAGGAGGCGGAGAGGAAUAACAGCCUUAUUGGCAGCCUGGAGGAAGAGGUGUCCAUCCUGAACCUCCAGGUCCUAGAGAAAGAGGGCGAGAGCAAAGAGCUGAAGAGACUGGUGCUGGCCGAGUCAGAAAAGAGCCAGAAGCUGGAAGAGCGCUUGCGCCUGCUACAGGCAGAGACAGCCAGUGCCAGCACACAGGCAGCAGAGCGCAGCGCGGCCCUGAGCUCCGAGGUGCAGGCACUCGGGGAGGAAGCCGAGAAGCAGCGAGCAGCUGCAGACAGUCUCCGGAGGGAGCUGGCCUCCCAAGCUGAGCGGGCCGAGGGCCUCAGCCAGGAGCUAAAGGCAUGGCGGGAAAGGCUCUCCCAGAAAGAGCAGUCCUUGUCCUCCAUGCAGCGUGAGCUCACCGCCGCCCAGAACCUGGUUGGGGAGCUGCUGCCUGUCAAGCACCUCUGCCAGCAGUUAGAGGCCGAGCAGAGUGUCCUGCAGAGCCGUCACCGCGAGGAGCUCGAGCAGGGUGAGAAGGCCGCAGCAGCGCUGCAGGCGGAGCUUCUUCGGGCCCGCCGCGAACUCGGAGAGCUUUCCACACUGCGACAGAAAGUGGCAGAGCUAGAGCGGGCAGCCCAUCAGCUGCGGGCAGAGAACGCCAGCUACGUCGAUCAGCUGAGCGCGCUCCAGCAGGCCCAUGGCCAGCUUGCCAAAGAGAACCGGGACCUGGGGGAGCGGGCCAGCCAUGGGCGGCAGCAGCUAGAAGCUGAGCUCAGGAGGGCCCAAGAACUUGAGGCUAUACGGGCCAAGGCAGAAGCCCAGGCAGCCCAGAGCCGAGAGGAGGCUGUGGACACAGCCCGGCAGCUGGAGACCAUGACAGCUAAGUAUGAGAGUGCCAAGGGCAAGGUCGUGGAAGAGAGGCAGAGGUUCCAAGAAGAGCGGCAGAAACUCACUGCCCAGGUGGAGCAACUAGAGGUAUUUCAGAGAGAACAGACUAAGCAGGUGGAGGAACUGAAUAAGAAGCUGGCCCAGCAACAAAAUCUGAAGCCCCAUGAAAGUGAAAUCCAGCAGGAAGCUCAUCUUCACCAGGCUCAAAUUAGUGAGCUGCAGGCUCUACUGAGCCAGAAGGAACAGGCCGCCGAGCACUACAAGGUGCAGAUGGAGAAGGCCAAGGCUCACUAUGAUGCCAAGAAGCAGCAGAACCAAGAGCUGCAGGAACGGCUACAGAGCAUGGAAAAUCUGCAGAAGGAGAAUGCAGAGCUUCGGGCCGAGUCAGAGAGGCUUGGAUGGGAGCUGCAGCAGGCUGGGCUGAAGGCCAAGGAGGCCGAGCAGGCCUGCCGCCACCUCACAGCCCAGGUUCGGACGCUGGAGGCACAGGUUGCCCAUGCAGAUCAGCAGCUCCGAGACCUUGGAAAGUUUCAGGUGGCAACAGAUGCAUUGAAGAGUCGAGAACCCCGGGCACAGCCCCAGCUGGACCUGAGCACUGACAGCCUAGAACUGAGCAGUGAAGAAGGGACACCACUGACCUCUACGAGAUCAGCAGCUCACCGUACCCGAAAGUCAUCCCGAACCCAGCCUGAUGGCACCAGCCUCCCUGGGGAGCCAGCCUCCCCCAUCUCUCAGCGCCUGCCUGCCAAGGUGGAGUCCCUGGAGAGCCUGUACUUCACGCCAAUCCCUGACCGAGGACAGGCCCCCUUAGAAAGCAGCCUGGACUCCUUGGGUGACAUCAUGUUGGAUUCUGGUCCCAAGACGCGCUCAGCCCGAAGGCGUACCACACAGAUAAUUGAUAUCACAAUGCUAUCCAGGAAGCUGGAUACAGAUGAACCUGACAGCUCGAACACAUCCUUCUACAGUACACAGUCAGCCCCUGCCCCACAGCGUGGCCUCCGUGGUGGCCUUCGCUCUGCAUCCUCAGCUCAGUCCCUGGGUAACUGCCCGUCCCGGGAGUCCCGGACCAGGCUGAGUUCUCUGGAGGAUGGUAACUCAACCCUGUUCAGCCUUCCUGGCUACAGGCCCACCACACGCAGCUCAGCCCGGCACUCCCAGGCCAGAGCAUCAAGUGGGGCCCCUUCAGGUCGAAGCAGCUUCUAUACUGGCACCUGCCAGGACGAGCCAGAGCAGCUGGACGACUGGAACCGAAUUGCGGAACUGCAGCAGCGUAACCGUGUCUGCCUCCCCCACCUGAAGACUUCUUACCCCUUGGAGGCCAGGCCUUCCAUGAGCCUGACCACAAUUACAGAUGAGGAGAUGAAGACCGGAGAUCCCCAGGAGACCCUUCGCCGAGCCAGCAUGCAGCCGGCCCAGAUCAAUGAGUACAGUGCUACACAUCGUAUCCCCUCAAGUGUCACUACCCGGCAGCACCGGAAGCGUGUCUCCACUGAGCCUGACCAAGGCCUUGGCACCCCAGAGGCUAAGAAGCCAACCAGCUGUUUCCCUCGUCCCCUUACUCCCCGGGAUAGACAUGAAGGUCGGAAGAUGAGUGCCGCUGAAGGCCAUAAGAAAGGGGCUCUUGCGUCCAACAAGCAGACCAGCAGACGCCAGUCAUUGGCCUUCAACAUUCUGAACACACCCAAGAGACUGGGGAACAGCCUGCUUCGGGGGGCUGCUAAGAAAGCCGCAGCCAAGGCCUCUCCCCUCACUCGAAGUGGGACCCGCCGCUCCCCUCGCAUUGCCACCACCACUGCUGGCAGUAGCACUUCUCCCCGGGCUAGGGGCAAGGCAAAGCACUGAGGGACCAGGAUCUGUGAGCAUCUUCUGCCCAUAUCUUCCAUGACAGCUCCCAUUCCCCCUCGGGGCCCUCGUGCUGGGCCUCAGCCCACUGUUCUCCAGUGCCUUCUUUCAGUGCCCCAGCAUAGGGAGACUUCUCAUCUCCCUAGGGACACUGAUGCCUGCCUCUUACUUCCCCUGCCUGGAGUCCCACACAGCACACCUACCCAGGGAGGCAAGUGGGGAACCAGAGGCUGCUUCCUGGGAGCUGGGGCCUGGCUGAUUCCUAGCCAGAUCAUCCUCUACCUGUCCCCCAUUUACCUUGAAGCACAGUAAUCCCUCUUAGCUCUCCAGCAGAGAAUGGAAGAUCCAGUCAAACUGAGACUGUCUAGGUGGCCAGGCCCCAGGGACCAGCCUGUCUGGCUCCCCUUUCCUCCCUUCCUGAGCUUGUCUCAGCUAUGAGUUUUGGAAAGUCCUGUCAGUCACAGAAGCGGGUCUGCCUCCUGGUCCCCUGUGCCUCCCAUUAGCUCUAUC